GAGGAAAAAAACGACUCUCAGCAAAGCAACAAGAAGGAAGAGCAAUGGCGACACUGGAUCGCCAAAUACCAAGUCCGGAUUCCUUCCUUUGCAAGCCUUGGUCUUCCUUCGUUAGUGCGGCUAAAUUACGUUUUGUUGACAACGCAGUCUCACCUUUGGAUAACGGCGACAAAGCGCUUUGCUGCCCGGCUGAAGCCGUGAAGCUCGGUAAAGAAGGGAUGCCUGUCUGCAGCCACUUCCCAGCAUUGGAGGAUUUUUGUCUUGUCGUCUGCCAUGUUUGCAGUAAGGUGGUCACUCCUCAGGGCAUCCUCACACAUUACGAGAAGCGACACAGCUCCCCAAUUCCUUCCAGGAGCCCCUUGGUUCCCAUGAAGCCCAAAGCACCUGCAGUGGCCCCCGCUGUGGCUCCCAGCCCCGGGGACACUCUGGCAUUCAGGGUCCCCAAAGAUUACCCUCACUCUCGCUUCAGCAAGGCGCCGCUCGCAGUCUACCCACCAAAGGGGGCACGGAACAAAACAUGUGUGUCACUACCAGUUGUGAGUCUGGAGAAGAUGCCUUGUUUAAACCGAGCAGACUCUGCAUCGCAUGUUCGCCUCUCCUCCUCAUCCUCCAGUCUUUCUUCACACAAGUCCUCCUUCACCCCCCCAGCUUCACAGCCUUCGGGUGAAAAGCUUACCAAUGGUCGUGGCAGCAGUGGGCUGCUCACCUCGCGCUCCGUCACGCCUCCAUCCUCUUUGGAUAGGCGACCCAGUCCAGCUCGCUCUCCGUUGGACAGACGGGCGUCAUCGACACCAUCUCCCUCCGCACUGGACAGGAAGUCCUCCACGUCACCUUCGCCCUCUCACCGACCUGUAGCUCCGCCGCUGUUGCCGUCACUCUCACCGAUGGACAAGAAGCAGCAGAAUGGAACUAAGACUCCCUCCAAGUCACACAGGAGACUUUCAGAGCGAGUGUUUGACCCAGACAAGCAUUGUGGAGUGCCAGACCCAGAGACUAAAAGAUCCUGCACAAGAUCUCUCACCUGCAAGACUCAUUCUUUAACCCAACGCCGAGCUGUCCCUGGACGAUCAAAACAUUUUGACGUCCUCCUGGCUGAACACAAGGGCCUGGCCAAGGAGAAGGAAGCCUUGAAAGAGAAGGAGAAAGAAAAAGAUGGAGCCCAGAGAGGAAAGGAAACUUGUAUCGCAACUCCAGAUACAACGAGCCCCAUCAAGUCUCACUGCCCCAGUGAGCGUCCACUGUCCUUACUGAAGCUGCGGCUCGCUAAUUCACACAUACUGAGAGUUCCAGGUAGCUCCUCCUCCACUUCAACUUCCAGUCCUCUGCCCCCAGCAGCACCUCCUGCCCCAGCUCCUCACCCGGAGACGUCCCCUCACAGCUGGCUGUCCACAGCCGGAGACAGCAGUCGACUUUCCAGUGACGAGGGAGAUGCAGAGACUCCAGAGGACACGGAAAGACCAGCCUUUCACUGCUCCAACCAUCAUCCACGGCCUUUAGGGGCUUGCGUCUUCAGCAGCAGGCUGAUGGGACGGGGAUACUAUGUGUUUGACAGGCGAUGGGACAGGAUGAGGCUGGCGCUCCAGAGCAUGGUGGAGAAACACCUGAACGCACAGAUGUGGAGGAAGGUGCCCCUGGCUGCUGAGAGCCUCUGCUCCCCCUCACUGCCUGGUACCUCCUCAGUUUCCUCACAGCAGGCUCCGUCUCCAACAACCCUGACCACCUCUGUUUUCAGCUCCCCGUCCAGCACCCUCACCUACACCGCCGCGUUCCCUCAGUCUGCAUCCAUGUCCGGGGCGUUCAACGUCAGAGGCUCCCCGCAACCCCGCCCCCAGCCGCUCGCAUCAAAAGCUCGUAACGGCUUGCACAAAGCCGGCCGCUCGUCCAAAGACAUGGAGGACCUCGCUCUGGGACCUAAGAAGAGAAAGAACUCUUCCUCCUCCUUCUCGUCUUCUUCCUUGUUUCAGACUGUGGAUCAUCACAAGAGGAACGGCAGCAGCUUUCACCCAACGUUACAAGGCUUAGGGGUGACUGCCGUCCCCCCAGGCAGGAAAAAGGGACCCGGUCACGGCAACAGCGGACUUUUGAGCUGCUCAGACAACUGGCUGUCCAGAGUGGACGGGUCUCAAAGCCACAGCUCACAGAACUGUCGCGAGCUUGGCACCAGCAGCUACGCCCCCAGAGAACCUGCCUCUGCCCUACAUCAGACGAGGGCUCCCCCCACAGUACCCUUAGCUUAUGGGGGAGGUGCAGAGGGGAGGAAGAGGAGGAGCCCCAGCUCCUACAAAGGGAAGGCCAGUAAGCUUAGCCGGCCAUCUGGGUUGGAGAGCCUGUUUGGGAAGGGGAACGACAGCGGGGGGAUCCUGGCUUCAGGGCCUGAGUCUCCGAGACAGGCCAAGUUCCACCACUGACAGGAACCCGCUUCAUAGACUGAAUGCUGGACAUCUGCACAAGCUUCCACCGUUUGUGACCUUUGACCUCACCACUCUUCCAGCGACAGCGCCAAUCAGACUGCUACAUGUCGCCGACGUCACCGCCGUUCCAACGACACUCGAGUCCACUCAGUGGGACGCCGUCGGGGCGCUGGAGUCUUUGCCUGCGGUCGGUUCCUUUCACUGCCUCUCCUUGGGUUUGAUGUUUCUGUUGGAAAGCUGCUCUGUUCCUCUGGUUUUCCCAGAACAAGAUAAAAAUAAACUAUUCUCUCAAAAGGGAAUUUGCCUCAAGUGUAUUAGGCAUCGUUGACAACACCACCACUGAAAGGUGUGCUCGAAUGAAAGACGAGAUUGAAGGUUACGGACCUUCUGAGACG